GUUUGUGAACCACUACGUGGGGAUCGCUGAUUCUCCAAACUGUACCCUCGGCGCCACAGGUGACCACGUGGCAGCCAUCGAGGUCACCAAGCUGAUAGGGCAGGAUGAAGAGCUGUUGGUGGAUUAUGGCCUUGAGCACUGUUUGCGAAACCAGGUGCCGCACCCUCGCGCACCCGCCUGGGCCAGGGACUUCGCCGCAAUGGCCCGGCUGCAGGCAGUUUCGGAGCAAAUCUCCCAGCUGCAGGAG